CAGCCAGCAAACGUCUGUUCGGUGGAAUAACCGAUCAUGGCGGGUCGGGACCGCGUCGUUCAUCUGCUAAGGCAGCUCGAGCGUGCAGCGUGCAGAUGUCCUGCUCACUCCAACACUUUCCAUCAAGGUGUAGGAGCUGUGAGCGGCCCCGUCAGGAACACCGACUACGCCUUCGAGAUGGCGUGUUCCAACAUCAGGUAUGGAGCAGGAGUCAGCAGGGAGAUCGGCAUGGACCUGCAGAACUUUGGGGCUCGGAACGUUUGUCUGAUGACGGACAAGAACUUGUCUCGCCUUCCUCCGAUGAACGCUGUCCUGGAGUCUCUAGUGAAGAACGGAGUCAAGUAUGAAGUCUAUGACAACGUCCGGGUGGAGCCCACGGACUCCAGUUUCAAAGAAGCCAUCGCAUUUGCUAAAAACGGCUCGUUUGAUGUGUUUGUGGCGGUGGGCGGAGGAUCAGUGAUUGACACCUGUAAAGCAGCCAAUCUGUACAUGUCGCAUCCUGACGCAGAGUUCCUGGACUUUGUCAACGCUCCGAUCGGUAAAGGAAAGCCUGUCACAGGAAUGCUGAAGCCGCUAAUCGCAGUUCCCACGACUGCAGGCACUGGCAGUGAGACCACUGGAGUCGCCAUCUUCGACUUUGAGCCCUUGAAGGCCAAAACAGGUAUCGCCAGCAGAGCCAUCAGACCCACGCUGGGCAUCGUUGACCCAAUGCACACACUGAGCAUGCCUGAACGAGUGGUGGCCAACAGCGGCUUUGACGUCCUCUGUCAUGCUCUGGAGUCGUACACCGCCCUGCCUUACAACCAGAGGAGCCCCUGCCCCUCCAACCCCAUCGACCGCCCUGCAUACCAGGGCAGCAACCCCAUCAGCGACGUCUGGUCCCGUCACGCCCUCCACGUGGUCGCCAACUACAUGAAAAGAGCCGUGCGGGACCCAGAGGACCUGGAAGCUCGGUCCAGCAUGCACCUGGCCAGCGUGUUUGCUGGGAUUGGCUUUGGGAAUGCUGGAGUUCAUCUGUGUCAUGGGAUGUCGUAUCCAAUCGCAGGAAACGUGAAGACUCACUCAGCGAGGGGUUACAGUGUGGACCACCCCCUGGUGCCUCAUGGACUCUCGGUCGUCCUCACUUCUCCGGCUGUCUUUAACUUCACAGCACCGAUGUGUCCAGAGCGCCACCUGGAGGCUGCAGAGAUCCUUGGUGCAGACGUGAGGCGGGUGAAACGGCAGGACGCUGGGGCCGUUUUGGCCGACACACUGCGUCACUUCCUGUUUGACCUGCAGGUGGAGGAUGGGCUGGUUGCCGUGGGUUACAGCAAGGCUGACAUCCCAGCACUGGUGAAGGGGACCAUCCCUCAGGAGCGCGUCACCAAACUGUCUCCCCGAGGACACACGGAGGAGGACCUGAGCCGGCUGUUUGAGGCCUCCCUGAAGCUGUACUGAGGAGCAGCUGCUGUUCCUCCUGCUGCCACCAGAGGGUGCUGAUGGUCUGUGGCAUCAGGACACAGUAACUGAUCAGAUCAUCAUCGAUCAGAUGAGGAUCAAUAAAUGUUCACACUUACAAACACUUUAUUGACUCAGCUGCUGAACUGAUUCAUGAGCUGAUCAAUGCUCAAUCAGAACAGUUUUAAUGUAUAACUGCAAACAUUUUCAUUUGACAGAAUCUGUGAUAGAAAUCAGUAAAAAGUGAAGUUUGUUUAGUUCUGUUUGAAUUUGUUUGAAAGAGAAAAAUAAACCAAGUUAAAAGUUG